AUGCUCCACAUUCACCUUCCCUCUCCCCCCCGCUUCUUCUCAGAGCUUCCCAACUGGCAUCCCGACCCGCACCCAAUUUUUGCGCCAACACCCCGGCUCACCGAUCUUGUAACCGGUGCAGCUAAUUACACUCUGGACCUGGACGUCGACGUCGACCUUCUCGACCAUUUCGACCAAAACACUGCCAUCUCCGGUCCAGGACUCGGAUUCGAACUCAACCCGAUGCAACGCAUGCCACCUCCCGAGGGGCAUCAUAUGCCCCCCGGUGCGCCUGGUGUUUACGACCAUGGAUGGCGUCCUCCAUACCAUCCUGCGCCCUACGACGGUCACGCGCCGGAUUCCCGUCGUACCUCAACCGCCUCGGCACCUUUGCCUCCCCAAUACCCAGUCAACCCCAACCGUGAACUCCCGCAGCUUCCUCCCUCGGGACCAGAGGGUCCCUACGGCCGACCCAGUGGCUUAUCCGGCCCUCCCGCCCACCCGCCACAAGAGUUGAGCCCAGUGCACGCAAGUUAUCGUCCGAUGAAUGGAACCCCACACGAGGCAUCACCACACUCUGCCCCGCCCGACUAUCGUGCGCGCAUGAGCUACCAACCUCCCGAGCAGCCCACCCCAUCUGAGUCAACACCAACCUCUGCUUCUCUACCUCCAUCAUCACAAUUCAUGACACCGGCGCCCCCGGCCCCUCCGGGCACGCCUGGUUCAUAUGAUCCGGGAUAUUAUCAGAAUCCGGCUUACGGAGCCCGCCAGCGCAAGGCGGCGCGAGCAACUCAAAAGUUCCUCCGCAUAAGUCAGUGUCUUCCCCAACUGAUGAGCGAGAAACAGAAUACUAACGUGAAGUCAACGAAAAGGCAGGAGAAGACGGCUCAGUUGUUAUUGGAUCGAUUGAUGGAGAUGGAAGACAAAUUUAUCGAUCGUAUCGGCAGAGUGGAGAAGUACCAGGCUGAUCAGGGCCAGAUUCUUGAACAGCUUCUGGGUCAGGGACCCAGUGAGACAGCCCGCGCGCUGAAAUACCGCGCGGGUGCUCCCAUCCCGCCUCGGGACCCGGUUUUGAAGACGGAAGCUCCAGCCAUGCAGGCCAUGCAAAGCAUGCAGGCUAUGCAGACGAUGCAGCCUAUUCAACCGGACGUAGUUGACGACAAGAGUCCGUUCUUCGGACAGCCGGUACAACCUGCACUGAAUCCUAACUCUAGUUUUGACGAUGUGAAGAAUGACAAUGAGGGAGAGCUUUCGAUCCCGGUGGAGCAUACAACCGCCGCACACAAACUUUUAAUGUGGCCCUCUAUCAAGAGACUCAUUGUCCCCCACGAGUAUGACGAGGACUACGUUAUGAGAUUGGAGGAAGAGCGCGGCCUUAUCAGUGUUUAUGGACAGGGCGAGAUCUCGUCGACCGCCGAUGACACCCAACUUCCUUCCACCCCGCUCAGUCGUGACGGCGGUAGCUUUGAUGAGUCUCGCAUCAACGGAGACCCCAAUGUUCAGACAAGUGCAACGUCGGAUCCGGUUGAUGUUGAUAUCGAUAGCUUCGGCCGGCUAAGUCUGGACGCGAAAACGGCUCGACGCUACUACCACACUUACCUUGAAAAGAUUCAUCAGCUUCAUCCUUUCCUCAACAAGCCAGAGCUGGAUGGAAAGGUGGAAGCUUUUAUCAGAUCAUUCUGCCCCCCGGAAACAUCGCCACUUCAGCAGAACUCCACUCUUUGCCGAGAGAACUCACGUCCAAUGAAACGAAAACGUUCCCAUGAAGAUCUGCAGGGUAUCCGCGGAGGGUCCGUGGACGCUGCUGCCACCUCCGUCCGGCCACGUGUGGUCCCCCCUCUCCCGGGGCCCAUUAUGAGCAGACCCGACUAUCUCGAGCAAACAAUCCCUAAACCUCUUCCACCUAUCGGGGCCCCUCCCGCUGUGAAUGGCACCCAUGUCCAUAACGGUGUUCCCUCCCCUGCGAAUUCAGAUUCUGCUCUGCCAACAUCAGCAUCUUUCUAUAACUCUCAGCUUCAUUCCACGAGCCAGUCCUUCCCGUCCUCGGUAACUGAACUUCGAGCUCAAAAUUACGCGUCAAAACGAUCUAUUCCGCAUACAAGGAAUGAGUUUGGUCAUGUCAAGAACCUCCAGAUUAUCCCAGGCUUGGCCCUGUAUGGUUAUGCAACCACUAUCCUGGGUCUUCUUCAGGGGGGCGUUGAGCUGGAGCAUGUACAGGCAGGGUUACUUGCUGGACUCUAUGCUGGUCAACUAGCACACCCGUUCCAAAGCCAUGGCUGGAUCUGCCAGGCUGCAAGAGCGUGCCAAGUCCUUGUUCGACAAAAGCGAUAUGAGCGACUCGACGAUAACAACACCGUAAAGGACCUCUAUAACUUUGCCUACUGGACAUGCCUGCAAUUGGAGAGUGACCUGCUCGCCGAGCUCGAUAUCCCCGCAAGUGGCAUCUCUCGUUCCGAGGGUCGAAUGGGUCUUCCUAAGGGAGUCUUCAUUCCCAUACCCGACGAGAGUGGCGCACCUUCCACCAUCAUGAUGAUGUUCUACUCGGCCCAAAUUCACCUUCGGAAAGUUCUCAAUCGAGUACACACGGAUCUGUACAAAGUCGAAAAGCAGGGUCAAACGCGCUGGUCAUCCAAUGUGCAGGAAGCUCUCAGCAUGAACCUCGACCUUUGGCGAACUAGUCUCCCCACUACCAUGAGCUGGACCGAUAAGGAACCGCCCGCUAAGGACAUCAACGCUGCACGAAUGAGGGCUAAAUAUUACGGAGCUCGGUAUAUCAUCCACCGACCUCUGCUAUACCAUGCGCUGCACUAUGGGCAGACAGGCGCCCGCGUUGGGUCCGUUGCCCAGACCUCAGUCGACUCACCCACAGGGUCUACCAACAACUCGCAAACACAGCAGAUGUCACCGUCAAUAACCCAUACCGGCCAACGCGCCCCAGGCAUGAGCCGGAUCAUGAGCAACAUAGGCAACCCGCCCGCCGAAUUUAAUUCAUUUGCAAACGGCUGGACCCCACCGACUGUCGCCCUGCGCGAACUCCCACAGAAACUCCGCCGGGCCUGCAAAGUCUGCAUCGAAUCCGCAAUCCUAAGUACCACAGCAUUCGACGGAAUCCCCGAUCGCCUCGUUGUGACCAAUAUCUUCGGCACAGCUCAUGCUCAGUUCGGAAACAUGCUGGUCCUCUCCGCAACAUACAUGUCGAGUCUCUCCGAGCUCGUUGAACGUUCUGUUCUCGAGCGCCUCCUCAAACGCACAAUCCGUUUCCUCCUUCGCAGCGAAAACAUCUCACCCACUCUCCGAGCCGACGCAAAGAUCCUCACCGAAAUCUACAGGAAGAUCUUUGGCCAUGACCCCGUUCUCAACUAG